AUGGAUUUAUUGCCAUGCACCAAAGAUGCUAUGGAUGGGCACGGGUAUGCAUUAGGAUGUGAUUAUUUAGAACGAGAUAUAAAUACAGAAGAGAUCCACUUUUUGCCAGUUUAUGGGUAUCAUGACUUCAUCGCCAUGAAUUUAUUGCCAUGCACCAAAGAUGCUAUGGAUGGGCACGGGUAUGCAUUAGGAUGUGAUUAUUUAGAACGAGAUAUAAAUACAGAAGAGAUGCACAAACCGCCAGUGUGCAGGAAUUGCUUGAGGGCGCAGGGUGUCGGCUCAGACAUAACACACAAUGCCUUCAGCGACGUCUAAGAGAUCCACUUUUUGCCAGUUUAUGGGUAUCAUGACUUCAUCGCCAUGAAUUUAUUGCCAUGCACCAAAGAUGCUAUGGAUGGGCACGGGUAUGCAUUAGGAUGUGAUUAUUUAGAACGAGAUAUAAAUACAGAAGAGAUCCACUUUUUGCCAGUUUAUGGGUAUCAUGACUUCAUCGCCAUGGAUUUAUUGCCAUGCACCAAAGUUGCUAUGGAUGAGCACGGGUAUGCAUUAGGAUGUGAUUAUUUACCUUUUGAACUACGGAACAAAUCAAUUGUGGCAGUGGGACCCAUCCUAUUCAACAGCGUAUUCACUAUAAUAAGUGACAAAGUAUCUUGCAAAAGUAAAUCACGUCCUUUUCCUCCGGAGUUCAUGUUUGGGGCGGCAACUUCUGCCUUCCAAGUAGAAGGAGGGUGGCAUGAAGACGGUAAAAGUCCAUCUAUCUGGGAUGUAGCCUGUCACUCAGAUCCUACCCUAAUUAAAGACGAGACCACAGCAGACGUAGCAGCAGAUUCCUACCACAGAUUCCACCAAGAUGUGACAGUAGCCUCAGACCUAGGCUUGGACUUCUACAGAUUCUCCAUCUCAUGGCCCAGGGUCCUGCCCAACGGAUUCUCUGACAAAAUAAACCAUCUUGGCAUGGACUACUACAAUGAACUUAUAGAUAAACUUUUGGCCAGAAAUAUUAUUCCAAUGGUAACGAUAUACCAUUGGGAUCUCCCUAAUAAUCUGCAAAAAAUCGGAGGCUGGGCCAAUCCUGCGAUAGUUGACAUUUUCGUUGAUUAUGCGAAGUUCCUGUUUAUAGGAUUUGGUGAGAAGGUCAAGUAUUGGAUUACUUUUGAUGACCCUAGAGAAAUAUGUGUUAGUGGAUAUGGAUCUGCACAAAAGGCUCCGUUCAUAAACAUUUCUGGCGUAGCUGAGUACAUGUGCACUCGUAACUGGGGCCUAUACGCACAUCCAAUAUUUUCAAAAGCUGGUGACUAUCCGCAAGAAGUGAAGAAAAGUGUAGCAUACAAGAGUGCAGAACAGAGUUUCCCUAGGUCUCGGUUAAUAGAACUUUCUCCUGUAGAGGUGGCUCUGAUUAGGGGAUCAGCAGACUUUCUAGGAGUUAAUGCAUUUACUUCGAAGCUAGCGUACAGGGAUGCAUCUUUAGAGGGCAUGUACCCUGUGCCCUCCUUCAAGGAUGAUAUGGGAGCUGUGUUGGUCAAGGAUCCCUCAUGGACGCAGUCAGAAAGCAGCUGGUUACAGGAAGUGCCAUGGGGAUUUUUCAAGCUUCUGAAUGAAAUUAAAUCUUUGUAUGACAAUCCACCAGUGUUUAUAACUGCUAACGGCUGGUCUUCAGCGGGAGGUCUGCUUGAUGAAGACAGGAUCAACUAUUUGAGGACCUACCUCAAUGCUUUACUGGACGCUAUUUACGAAGGUUGUGACAUCAAGGGAUACAGUGUUUGGUCUCUUAUAGACACUUUUGAAUGGCGAAGUGGAUAUUUAGAAAAGUUCGGCCUUUACGAAGUGGACUUCUCAAGUCAACAGAAGACGCGGACUCCGAGAAAAUCUGCGUUCAUUUAUAGGGAAAUGAUCAGGUCCAAAAAAUUGAAUCCGGACUUCGAACCCGAAAAAUUCAUUGUUGAAGUUACCAAAGAGGUUCCUGAAAAAACUAAUGAGGAUAAUGAUGUUAUGUGA